UUUCUCAUUACUGAAGUAAGGUCCCCCUUGUUGGAUUUUAACCGCGGGUCAAACGGUGGAGAGCGUGAAGGGGAAGUGAGGAGGGAAAGGAGACCGGGUGAGUUUGGCGCAGACAGCUGUGCAUUAGCAGGUAAACUGGGGUCCAAGGUGCGCACUGAGCCGCCUAUGAUACCAACAACACGGAUGGAAAGAACUUUAAUGUCGAACCCUCACAGAGUUUUGCAACGGAGGCUGAGAGUAGAGACAGACUGGCAGUUUAUAUUAUAACUUGAAGGAGGCCAGAGGGACAGAUCAGAAAGCCGUCAGCCGAUACUCCGUGCGUCACUGUAGGGACAAACAGCAGCAGGGAGCCGACAGGUAGAGCCCAGCAUUUAGGAACAGACCUUGCAUCCUCUGCGCACCUGGAGCCUUGUGCGUGUAGGAAGAUGUCCAGAGAGGAGCAGAGCCUGUCGGAGGUUGAGCUCAGUCCCGGGAUGUCGGACGACAGCCGCUCCCUGUCACCGGGUCAUUCCUCCGGUGCCACCGGCGGGGGGGACUCGCCUCUCCACGGGCAGCAGCAGCCGCAGCUGGCGGGUCUGGACGACUCGGCGGCGGGCUGCUCGUCCGUCAAAUCCGACGAUGAGGACGAACGCUUCCCCGCAGGGAUCCGCGACGCGGUGAGCCAGGUGCUCAACUGCUACGACUGGACCCUCGUGCCCAUGCCCGUGCGCGUGAACACCGGAAGCAAGAGCAAGCCGCACGUGAAGAGGCCCAUGAACGCGUUCAUGGUGUGGGCGCAGGCGGCGCGGAGGAAACUGGCAGACCAACACCCGCACCUGCACAACGCAGAGCUCAGCAAGACCCUGGGGAAGCUCUGGAGGCUUCUUAACGAGAGCGACAAGCGACCCUUCAUUGAGGAGGCAGAGAGGCUCCGGAAGCAACACAAGAAAGACUAUCCUGACUACAAAUACCAGCCAAGACGCCGCAAAAGCGGAAAACCUGGUUCUGGGUCAGGAAGUGAGGCCGAUGGCCAUUCGGAGGGUGAGGUCAGCCACAGCCAAUCCCACUACAAGGGCCUCCAACUGGAUGUGGCCCUAAGUAGAGGAGCCGGGUCCCCUCUGGCAGAUGGGCACCACCCUCAUGCUGCAGGUCAGAGUCACAGUCCUCCCACACCUCCCACCACUCCCAAGACUGAGCCUCAGUCUGGGAAGGCGGGGGAUGGAAAGCGGGAGGGUGCUGGGAGUGGGGGCUCCCGUGGCGCAAUGGGAGCCGAGGGAAGCUCAGGUGCUCCUGGAUCUGGAAAACCUCACAUCGACUUUGGUAAUGUGGACAUUGGUGAGAUGAGCCAUGAGGUGAUGGCCAACAUGGAGCCUUUUGAUGUCAAUGAGUUUGACCAGUACCUUCCCCCAAAUGGACACCCGGGGGUUGGGCAGAGUGCUGGGGCAGGAGCGGCUGCAACAGCUUCUCCAGCCUCUCCGUACACCUAUGGCAUCUCCUCAGCUCUGGCAGUGGCCAGUGGACACUCAGCAGCCUGGCUCUCCAAGCAGCAGCAGCAGCAGCAGCAGCAGCCGCUGCAACAUCAAGGCCCCCCUCUUGGCUCAGAUCCCACCAAGGCCCAGAUCAAGAGCGAGGCCGGGGGUGCCGGGGGUCACUUCUCAGAGGCAGCCUCAGUAGGUUCCCAUGUCACCUACACCCCCCUCAGCCUGCCUCACUACAGUUCUGCCUUCCCCUCGCUGGCCUCUAGGGCUCAGUUUGCUGAAUAUGCUGACCACCAGGCCUCGGGGUCUUACUACGCCCAUUCCGGCCAGGCCUCGGGGUUGUACUCUGCCUUCUCUUACAUGGGGCCCUCCCAGAGGCCCCUGUACACUGCCAUCACUGACCCAGCCAGCGUACCGCAGUCACACAGCCCCACCCACUGGGAACAGCCCAUCUACACGACACUGUCGCGGCCAUGACAGAUAACGAGACCAGAGGGCACUGGUGCAGGUUCAGCCCCCAUGU